UUGGCUCCAGCAUAGCAACAGAGAAGCAGUUCAACUGCCAAAUUCAUACUCCGUCCAUGGUGGCAUGGCAGAGGGGUCGAAAAGGCCCUUGCAGUGGGUUUGCUGGGCAUGCUAUUUGCAUGUCAUUCUUGCGGAGCGACCAUCCAAAGGCAUGUUGGGAGUGCUAAGCACUCUUCAAGAGGAAUCGCACAAUUACAGCUGGGGCAACUGGACCUCAGAUCCAGGAUUUGAUGAUUCACUCGACAAAAGACAUGAACCAGUUACACCGGGUGACAAGCGAAAAUUGGGAGUUGAAGAUGUGCUGCGCAGUUUGGGCGUCCAGUUCGAAGCGGGAGGAGACUAUUGCCAUUGGCCAGGGAUCACUUGCAACAAGAAAGAGGAGGUCUAUCGCGUUGAUCUUCAUGGGCAUCGGGAGGUGACCGGAACCAUGGUGGCUGGUGCCUGGAAAAAGCUCAGUGCCCUGAGCCUGGUGGAAGUGGAUUUAUCCAACACGAACGUGCAGGGUAACAUCGAUGCUUUCCGCUUUUCGACCAAGUUUCUCAGAUUAAACCUUGCCAACACGAAUGUCACGGGCGAUCCGGCUGUUUUGAAGUCUUCAUCGAGGUUGCGCAUGUUGAACCUUGCCAACACGAAGGUCAGGGGUGACAUUCGUUUUUUGAGUUCAAUGCGGAGCUUGACUGAGUUGCAGCUUGCCAACACAAAGGCCCAUGGUAACAUUGAUGUCUUGAGCAAUUCAUCGAAGCUGAGCAUAUUGAACCUUGCCAACACGACAGUCAGGGGUGGCGGUCGCAUGUUUAGUUCUUUGUCGAGCUUGACUGACUUGGAGCUUACCAACACGAAAGUCAGUGGUGACAUUGCUGCUCUACUUCCUAACACAAACUUGCGCUUGGUGGACCUUGCCAGAACGAAAGUCUCCGGUGACAUUGGUCUUGUUUUUGCCUUGAACAAAUUGCAGGUUGUGAACCUUGCCAACACACGAGUGUCGGGUGACGUUGGCGCAGCUUUCCUAUCAGAGAAACAAGAUUCAAAAGUGAAUCAAGUGACGGAGACUAAGCUUGCAUCUUUAACCUAUUUGAACCUGGAGCGUACAAGAGUUUCAGGGGGCAUUAGGAUAUUUCAGGAUGCGAAGAGGCUACGAUUCCUGAACCUCAAGAAAAACAAAGUCAAUGGAGAUAUUGAAUAUCUGAGAGGUUGUCCAUUGGAGCACAUAUUUCUGAGUGGCACUGGCGUAGGCGGGGAUAUCCGCGUGGUGCAGGCCUUUCCCGAUUUGACCAUGUUUCACCUUGAUGACACCACGGUCUUUGGUGACAUCAAGGCCUUCGAAUCGACUCGGAAGCUGGAAACCUUGAAUUUGUAUGCCACAGGAGUGAUUGGAGACAUCAAAGCCUUUUGGAGGACCAAGCAAUUGAAAUGGUUGUCGUUGAGUCUGACUGAUGUUUCUGGAGACAUACAGGUGUUCAACAACUCUCUCCUCUUGUACAUUGUUCUUGAUGCAACGCAAGUUGAAGGAGACAUCCAGGUUUUCAAAAACAUGCCUGGCGUCACCAAGUUGGCCUUGUGCUCGACCAAAGUCAGGGGUGACAUUGACGCUUUCAAUUCAAGCAAAGACUUGAUUGACCUCGCGAUCUCCGAUACGGAGGUAUCCGGUGACCUCAAGGCCUUCUCAAACACCACUCUGUUGUCCAGACUACGUCUACGAAAGACCCAAGUGCACGGAAGUUUGUCGGCCUUGCGUGGCCUUGUUAGCUUGAAGACUUUGGAUCUCUCUGACUCGCAAGUUCACGGUGAUAUUAGCGUGUUUGGGAACCAGACAAACCUGAAGGUCUUACUCCUGUCAUCCACAGAAAUCAAAGGAGAUGUGGAUGUGUUUCACCAAAGCCCUGGCCUCAAGUCAAUGGAUCUAUCAUUCACAAAAGUGAAUGGUGAUAUCCGAGUCUUUCGAAAUCGACGUGAUCUGGGAGACCUGAGAAUGGCAUCGACAAGGGUUUGGGGCGACCUUGGUAUUUUGGUGUCCGCAUCUUUCGACAACAGGUUCAAGGUCAUAGAUCUGUCAGACACCGAUGUGGAGGGCAACAUCGCUGUCCUCAAGGAUGCGCUGGCACUACGGGAGCUUUACCUUCGUCGUACGCAGGUUGCAGGCAGCAUUGAUGGCAUCAUUGGAUGGAAGGAAGCCGCAGUAGUUGACCUCGCACGAACCAGAGUCACAGGUAGACUGACCCGACACUGGCGCGGCUGCUGCAAGAACUUGAGGAGUCUGAAGCUUUCAGGGAGCAAGUCUGAGUUCUUGCCCACCGGCAGUGACCUCAUUGACUUGAUGGAAAUCUAUGUGAAUGUCAAGCGGGCCGUGCUGCUUCCCGGUCUGACAACCUUGGAGGUGUCCGGAUGUCCAUUAAAUGGGCGCAUAAGAGAUUUGGUAUUGCCUUUGGCGUUUUGUGAGCACUUGGGGAGCAUCAUCGCAGUGGAUUGCGGGCUUCACGGUGAGUUUCCUAACUUGGAUCCAUUGGGGCCUACCAGAUUGGAUGGCAAACUCGUGAUUGGUUUUCGCAGCAAACUGGCAAGUUCCUUGGAGGUUCUGGAGAUUUCUGACAACAACCUAACCUACAUGGAAUCGAUUCCGUCUUCCAUGAGGAAGUUGGUUGUAUCCUCCAACAAGAGCCCUUUGCGAUUGGCCAAAGGAACAUUAACUUCGGCGCUGAAGAAGGGCACUUCAAUAAAUCUCAGAGGUACCAGCUUGCAUGAUGACACACGCGCAGAGGCACAAAAACUACUGAGGGACGAUAUCAUACAGAGGACACCGGAACGGACAUUUUCCAAGGAGGGAUACACAUGCUAUGACUUGGCUCCAAACAGCACGAUGCAAGUCUUGCCCUCUGAUCUUCUUCCCCAAAAGCUGUGCGUUUGUCUCCCUGGUUGGCACGGUGCGGGGGCCAGCUGCCACAAAUGCCCUGUGGACACCUUUAAACCAGACCUGGGUGAUAUGGAAUGUGCAGAAUGCCCACGGAGCACUAGUACCAAUGGCAUUGUAGGGGCUCAGUCUGAGGAUGCCUGUCAGUGCAAGCAGACACUUCGAGAUCACAAAGGAGGCCAAGAAAAAGGCAACGUUUGCAACUGCCCAAAUGGAAGUGCAAUCUUCGAUGGUCACUGCUUGGAGUGCUUUCCGCCCUUGAGACGAUGCAAGGGUGGGACAAUCUCGGCAGAGCACUGUGGUGAAGGUUACCAUGGACCCUUGUGCAUGCGAUGUGACGAGCGGUACUAUGCUGUGAGGAGCUCAUGUGUGAAAUGCACAGGGGUUGGCUGGCCCCAGUGGCUUCUGAUGGCUUUGACCUUUGUUUGCAUCGGUGCCUUACUGGCUGGAGGCUUUGUCGCCGUUGCAUACUUUGUUUACGCGUGGAGUCCACUCAGUUGGCUGGAUGGAUGGAUCAAGUCGGCAGCUCGUGUGAUCUUCGCCCCAGAACCCCUCGGAGAGUGGCAGCAGCAGCUAGUGAAGCGCCAGGCCCCUGUGUUGCUACAGACGUGUCAGCUGUGGAGCGUGCUCUCUUCUUUGGCUGCCAGAGAUGACAAGGCUUCCGACAUGUUGUGGGAAUUGCCCUACGUGCAGCAUGUGCAGUUGGCCGUGGGGAACUUGCAGGAGAUCCUUUAUUUGCAGUGCUUCUUCGAUGGAAAGCAGGUGCGCAAGAUGGUGGCCUUCAUUACGCCGGCGGUGCCGCUACUUCUUUUGCUCGGCUGUGGGUGCCUUGAAGUUUGGAAGCGUGGCUCAGGAGUCAAUGCAGCAUUGAAGAUUUUGACGCUCUUCUUCGUUGGCGGUGCCUCCAAAUGUGCUGCCUUAAUCACCUGCCAGCGAGUGGAUGCAGGUGGUUGGGCUUUGCAAUCUAACAUGACCGUCCUGCGGCACUUGCCAGACAUCGAUUGCUAUCAAGACAGCAUGGUACCGCCCGAUGUGGCUGGGGUGUUUUGGCCCUGCGCCGUGGGCUACGCUAUCCUGAUCCCCUCCUUCUUGUUCUACCUUUACGCUCGUCAGCAUUUGGUUCUGCGCUAUACUCGGAUGCCUUUGGAGCUUGCCAGUGGAACGACCGAACAUCUGGCCGUGAGCCACGAGGAUGCCAUGCUGCAGCGCAGGGUAGUGGCUGGCCUUGUGGCAUACGUCUCCAUUUUGCAGCAUGGUAGCGUGAGGGUCCAACUACGAGAUGGCAAGGGGAUCGCAGCCUUUUUGGACAAGCCUGAUGUAACUGCCCUGAAGCUGGAUGCUGAAGCCAUCAAUGCACAGUUCAACAUUGAGUCAGAGAAGCUACGACAUCAUUCCAUCACUGAGAUGUUGCUGGAGCGUCACAUCUUGGGUCAGGUGGGCGAAAAGGACAGAUUCUUGAAGGGUGCCAAAGAGAUGCUCCUGAAGUAUUCCACUUGCCGGGAUUUGUGGAUGGAAGUGAUGCUGAAGCUUGUGACCGUUGCCAUCGUCCAGGCCAUCGCAUCCAGCACUGCGACAAGUGACCUCCUCAUGCCCUUGGGGAAAGUGCUGGCAGCUACGCUGGGGGUUGCAGCCACAGUAUGGAUGGUGCGGCCAUACGCGCAACCCCAGGUGAAUGAUCUCCAAGUUUGCUGCUUCAUGGGCUUGGCCUUUGCUGCCACUGGCUUUCAGCUUCACAUCGCGUGGCUCAGCCGCGCUGCGCUGCUCUUGCCCUUGCUGCUGGCGGCAGCGCAGCAGAUGCAGCCUGAUAGCCCAGAGAGCUUGGCGCAACGCUUGUGGGAGGACUUGGUGAACGAUGAUAUUCUCAAAAAAUCCGCGACUACCUCCAUGCUUUCGCGCCAGCAAUCCCAAGCAAUCAAUUUCAGCUUAGAGCAUAAUUGAACAAACCGUGGAUUCAUA